AACUACAGAAGCCGCCGCCAAUCAAAUAUCUACAACGCGUAAGCUCUUAUCUUCAAAAUGACGUUAACUUUUAACCAUGUAUCAUCCAUGUAUUAACUGUACAGCGUGUAGUGAUGCGAGUCAUGUGUUUUCAAGGUGUAAAUUAAAAAUAAUAAGAAAUUAAAAACUUAUCGCUAAUUAUAGUAUGCCAUGGAGGUAGUGUAUAACAAUAAGACUGUUGUUAAACAACCAUUAUUUUACAAAGUUGUGUAUAUUUUAAUACAUACAUUGUGGACAGUAGUAGGAAACGUAUAUGAUGUAAUUACGUUUUAUUACAAAAAAAUAUUAUAUUUUAUUUAUGAAUAUUCAAAUAAAUGUAGUAAAAAUCCAUUUCAACCCGUGCUACGGCUAAAAAAAAUUCCUAACCAUCUAACAGUGAUCUUAGGGGAUGAAGCACUAUCCUUUCAGGAAUUGGCAAAUGUUGUGAUAUGGAGCCUUUUUACUGGAAUAAAUUUUAUAAGCUUUUUUGAUCAUAAAGGGGAUUUUAAACAGAAAGAAGAUAGUUUUCGAGAAGUAGUUUCUAAAAUGAUGAAAGAUAGAGAUCAUGUUGUUUGGUAUGAUAGUAAAGUAAGUGCUUAUAAAAAUGGGUUUGUGGGAAGAAAAAUUCAUGUAAAAAUUUUAACCCCAAAUGACGGGAAACCAUUAAUUGCAAGAGCAGCUGAAGAACUUGUUGAUUUGAAGAAAGACAUCAGUAUUGAGCUUGUUGAUGAUUUUGUAAAAAAACAUUUCGAAUUUCCAGACCCAGACUUAGCAAUUUAUUGUAGUAGAAAAUGUACUACAUGGGGAUAUCCCCCAUGGCAAUUAAGAUUAACUGAAUUUAUCAAUCUAGAAAGACAUACUCCUUUUACCCAAGAUAUAUUUAUAAAAUUAUUAUACAGAUAUAGUAAAUGUGAGCAGAGGCUGGGAAAAUGAAUAUUUUUUUAAUGUACCUAUGUAGUUUGUAUAUCGUCAAUAACAAUAACGGCGCAUCACCGUCAUCAAAUAAAAAAAUAAAAUUGAAUUAUACAAUGGUAUGCUUGUAGGAGCAAACUUAUUGUCAACUGUAAAAAAGUAUAAAGAUUGGUAUUAUCUCUCAAUAAUACAGAACGCAAAAGUUUUGAAAUAAAGCAUGCAAAAUUAUUAAUUUCACACUUUAAUUGCUUUGAUAUUAUCAUUGAAUAAUAAAAUCGAUAUCUUUGUAAAAUAUCUUCCCAUUAUGUGGAAGCAAUUAUAAUGGAUUUAGUAAAAACUCGUAAACAGUGGAAGUUGCGUAAACAGUAAAAUAGAAAAUUUAUUUAUAAUUACCAUUAAAAAUAAAGUCUGU